AAAGGGGAGCUUGGGGGGAGAAUCACCCAGGUGGAUGCUUGGGUCCCUCGGGUGAGCAACACGGCAAUGGAGCUGCUGCUCCAUCCUGGCCUUGCUCAACCCACUGGGUUUUGGGGUGUGGGAUCUCUCCAACCACUGCUCUCUUGUGCAGGUACCGCCACGGCCCCUGGAUUCUCCUGCUGGAAGCAAUGCCAGUCCCGCUCAUUCCUCUGCUCCUGGCCACCCCUAGGCCCCAUUGGCAACACCUCCUACCUGCUGACCUUCUGCUACACACCACCCAAGCCAUGCCAGGAGUUCAAGGUGGGCACGAACACUACGUACAAGCUGAGUCAUCAUCGUGUUUACAUCUUCAUCAAUGCCACUGCCUGGGUGGAGGGGCGCUGGGGGAACCACACUCACAGGACCCCCAACAUCACACUGUACCUCAAUGAGGCCGUCAAGCUGGAUCCACCUCCUGCUGAGAUGUCCUUCAACAGGACUGGUGGGCAACUAUGGCUGCAGAUGCCAAGGCCACCAUGCCAGCGCAGCGGCCAGCCACUGCAGCGGGAGGCUCGCUUCCAGAGGCCAGGUGACCGUGGCUGGACACAGGUGACGUGUGAGGCAGUGAUGGGCAAGGAUGAUGACUCAGUGACCUGCGCCCUGGGGCAGAACAGUACCUUUGAGGUCCAGCUCCGACACAAGCUCCCAUACUGGAGCAGCUACUGGAGCAACUGGAGCAGUUCCAUCUUUAUCCCCGAGGAAAUCCAGGAGAGUCCAGUGCUGAGCUACCAGCUGGGAAAGCUGGGGAGAAACGGGCAGCGGGUGCUGAGGCUGGACUGGCAGCAAGCCCCCAAGGAGCAGGGAGAUGUCACCUACACACUGCGUGCCCACAUGCCAGCGUGCCGCUGCACCAAGCUGGUUGAGGACGACGUCGUGGUGCUGAGGGAGGUGACAAUGCACAACCUCACCCUCUCUGGGGCAGAGUACCAAAUCGUGCUGACGGCUGCCAACGCCGCCGGGCCAGGCCCACAGCAGCAGAUCCGUGUGCCAGCAGAGGAGCAUGCAGAUUUUGGCUUCGAGGACAUCAGCGUGGAGGGUGGCACAGUGACGGCACAGUGGGAAGCACCAAGCCCUGGCUCUGUCUACUGCUUUGAGCAGCAGGCACUGCCUGGAGAGCCAAAACAAGGCAGCUGCAUCCAGCGGGAUUUCCCAGCCGGGAGCGUCCACGUGGAGAGAGGAGCACUGGAAGUGCCAGCAUGUCACCGCCUGGCAGUGCACGGCUGGGCCCCGGAGCAGGGCUGGGCAACCUUCGCCCUGCGGCACCACUAUGCCAGCAACGCCUCACUGGCCGUGCCCAUCCGCAUCAAUGCCAGCACUGGGGAUGCCACCACCAUCGUCCUGCAGUGGAGCCCACCCUCCCGUGCCACCUGUCCUGGGACAACAGCCAAGUACCUCAUCUGCCACAUGGCCAAGGGGGACAAUGUGACGUAUGCCGAAGUGGAGGCUGCGGUGUCUCACCACACCCUCCAAAACCUACGGCCCGGCACAGCCUACAGGGUGGCUGUUCAAGAGGUGACAGCAGAGAGCAGAAGGACCUGUGGCACUUGGUGGCACUUCCAGACCAAGGCACUGGGUCCUCAGGGAGCAGCAUGGAAAUCCAACAUGAAGUACAUGGGCAUCUCCCUCAGUCUCCCCAUCAUGGCCAUCAUCUACCAGAUGAUCAAAAAGAGGGCUUACCAGCUCCUUUUCCCACCCCUGCCCAAGCCCAUGGACACGAAAGCCAUCCAGUUCUUCACCAGUGAAAUAAGCCAGAGCCAGCCCGGGCCAGGCUUUGUGGAGCCCUCAGAGAGGUUCAGCCCAGUUGAGCUGCUGAUGCCAGAACCAAAUCCCAGCAAGGAGCUGCUGAUGCCAGAGCCAAAUCCCAGCAAGGAGCUGCUGAUGCCAGAGCCAAAUCCCAGCGAGGAGCUGCUGAUGCCAGAGCCAAAUCCCAGCAAGGAGCUGCUGAUGCCAGAGCCAAAUCCCAGCGAGGAGCUGCUGAUGCCAGAGCCAAAUCCCAGCAAGGAGCUGCUGAUGCUAGAGCCAAAUCCCAGCAAGGAGCUGCUGAUGCCAGAGCCAAAUCCUGGCAAGGAGAUGACCAACACCAGCACAUGGCCUGGCACACCUCAGCCUGGUCCCACAGCUGAAGAACUGGUGGCGUUGUGCCCGCCGGGAUGCGAGCAGGAGCUGCCCUUUGCCUACCGCAGGCAGGAGGUGCUGUGCCCAGAGGCUUUGUCACCACCCAGCAGCAUCAGCUGCAUCAGCCACGUGCCCAACGAGGAGGAAGAGAAGGAAGAGGAGGGAAAGUGGGGCCUCCACCAGCCACUGAUUCCCAUCACCCUUCUCAUCUCCAACAAACCCAUCAUCAUCAGGAAUGAGGAAGGACAGGACCCAUCACAGGAGUUAGUGCCACAACCAGUGCUGGACCAGGGGCAGCAGGGAUGGAUGGCAGGAGAGGGACAGGGGCAUGCCAUGGGAUGCUGAGCACCCACCUCGUGGGCACACUAUCAUUUUCAGGUUUUCUUCCUGUUGUAACCAGGACGUGGAAGGGGAUGCCUCCAGAUUCCAUAGAGCCAGGAUCUGGUCCAGCCUCAACUGUUCCUUGGUAACAAAUGAGAAGGGAAGGUGGCUGCAGAGCCCAGCUGGAGCUGAGGGCAUUUCCUUGGCCAGGUCAGGAGCAGAAGAAGAGCUUCAUCCCAGCUGACUGCUUCCUACCAGAGCUGGGUCCAGCAUGGCUCUGAUGGGGUGGGGGCACAAAUAGCCCCAGCACCAAACACUGACAGUUCGGAAAAACUAGAGAAAAAGGUGAAAAAAAAUACAGAGAUGUAACAAAAAAAUAAAGCCAUAAAGAAAUGCAAGAA